UUAUGAUUUCGCUUGAAGCUUAAACACAUUUUUUCGUAACACUAAGUCAAGAACCAACAAAAGAAAUGGAUCCGAAAGAGCUGCCGGCCAACAUAAAAGACGACAAGAUAAGCGAAGAAACCAAGAAGUUAAUCUCUUCGCUUCCUUCACACACAGAUUCCCAAGGGAAGAAGAUCUGUCAAUAUCAAGGAUGUUGGUAUUAUUACAACACCCUCCAAGACGUUCUUAAUUUCCAGAGAGGUUUUAAACAUAUAUAUUAUGAUUUCGCCUGAAGCUUAAACACAUCUUUUCGUAACACUAAGUCAAGAACCAACAAAAGAAAUGGAUCCGAAAGAGCUGCCGGCCAACAUAAAAGACGAAAAGAUAAGCGAAGAAACCAAGAAGUUAAUCUCUUCGCUUCCUUCACACACAGAUUCCCAAGGGAAGAUCUGUCAAUAUCAAGGAUGUUGGUAUUAUUACAACACCCUCCAAGGCGUUCUUAAUUUCCAGAGAGGUUUUCAACCGCAAGACACGGAUAUUAUCCUUGCUUCUUACCCAAAAUCAGGUACUACUUGGCUCAAGGCCCUCACUGUCGCCCUCCUUGAGAGAUCAAAAAGCCAUUCUUCUUAUGAUGAUCAUCCUCUACUAUAUGAUAAUCCUCAUGGCAUUGUACCAUUCUUGGAGACCGACCAGUGCUCAAGUUCUAACUUAGCCAAGUUCUCGGCAUCUCGGAGGCUGCUCUCGACACACAUGCCACUGCACGCGAUGCACGAAACUCUCAAGCACUCUUCUUGCAAGAUUGUGUACGUGUGCAGGGACGUGAAGGACACAUUGAUCUCGUGGUGGUUUUUCGGCUGUGCUGUUCAUAAAAUAGAACCAACCAGAAGCCUUCUCGAGUCUAUGUUAGAAAGAUUCUGCAACGGAACUAUCUUUUAUGGACCUUUUUGGGAACAUCUCUUGGGCUAUUGGAGAAGAAGCUUGGAAGACCCCAAGCAUGUCCUUUUCAUGAGGUAUGAGGAAAUGAAAGCAGAGCCUCAUGAACAGAUCAAGAGACUUGCCGACUUCUUGGGUUUUCCUUUUACUAAGCAAGAAGAAGAUAUUGGAGUUGUGGACAAGAUCUUGGACCUUUGCUCUCUACGUAAUCUGAGCAGUUUGGAGGUUAACAAAACGGGAAAAAGAAACAACUUGAAUAACAAGGAUUAUUUCCGUAAAGGGGAAGUCGGUGACUCGAAGAAUUAUCUUACGCCUGAAAUGGAGAAAAAGAUAGACAUGAUCAUCCAAGAAAAAUUGCAAGGCUCUGGUUUGAAAUUCUAGAGUUGUAUGGUUUGUGUUUCCUUUGAUGCAGAAUAAAAAGAGAGUAGCUCCCGGUUUAAUGUUCCUUAAUAAUUUGUUAACUUCAGUGCCAUCCCUUUUAAGAAAAAAUACUCUUUAUCCAGUGAAACACAAUGUUCUGUUGCUUUUAAUUAGUCCCUCAUUCAUGCUUAUUGUUAUGUCUUCUAUAAUUGGUAUGUUUUAAAUUUCCCUUUUAUGUGUUUUAAAAUUUGAACUAGAGUUUGACCCGCACACCCGUGCGGAUACGUUUUUUGAUUUAUAUAAUUUUUCAUUUUGUUUAUACAAUUAUUUUAAGAAAUUAUAACUUAGUUUUGUAA